AUGAAGGACGUUGCUUUGCUUUCCGACAGCGAACUUCGUGAUGAACUUACAAAAUAUAAUGUUAAUAUUGGUCCUGUAAGUGGCACCACACGUUCACUGUAUGAGAAAAAACUGCUGAAGUUGAGGAAGCAGGGACCUCCGAAAACAGCUACGGUCACGCCUACGAUAACUAAGCUCUCUUCUCCUACGAAGCGUCCUGUCUCAAAAUCGCCCUCUCGAACAACUUCAACAACAAGAAACUCAACUUUGUCUAGCCGCCGCAAGUUGAAUCGUUCAGAAAGCGAAGACGGUUCAGACGAAGAUGCAUCAGAGACAGUAUCAUAUACUAGAGUUAUCACCUCAACUCCAGAACCUCCUCGUGAAGACACACCGCCUGCACCACCAUCUCCAUCCAAACAAGUGACAAGAUCUAGCGAGAGACGUACAUAUACAAGCUCAUCCUUCUCUUCCUCAUCUUUACCUCGUCCAACAGCUCAAAUUGUUCCUGGUUAUCGCACUGAUCGUCCUGGAGCGACUCCACCAAGAAAAGCUGCCUUGCCGAAGACACCUCCACGUCCGUCUUCUACACACGUUACAACAACAGCAUCAUAUACUAUUGCUGGUGACUCUUCGCUUGAUCGCAGUGGGCUGUUUGACCGAACUAAUAGAAGUGUGUAUGGAACAACUACCCCUAUUGGUUCUCGAGGACUCCUAGAUCUUGGUAACACUACUGGUGAAGAAGAUGACGACGAGGAGGACGGCCAGGAAUCAAGCCGCAUAGUGUACACCACGAAAACUAGUGGUCCAGAAAGGCGUUCACCGUUGAGAAAAGCUUGGGAUCAGCUGCUUGGAUAUGACUUCAAGGCCGGAAAGGUGCCAGGAUCUCAGUAUGAGCUUCGCCAUGGAUCCACUAAAACUCGUGUUGAGCGUGAUCCUCGCACCGGUCGAAUUCGUGUCCAACAACAAAGUGUUGGAAGGGAUGUUUCGACCAUACUGAUGAUAGUGCUCACAAUUUUCUUCCUCAUUUUGGCAAUGGCCUACGUUGGAACUGCGCGACAGGAAGUGCUAGCAGCGACUGCUCACACUGUCUCUGGUGCCAUUCGCGAUACUGUUGCGUUCUUCUACAUGUAUGCGAUUGUGCCGAGCUUCGUUUUGUUAGGAGUCGCUGCAGUAGUAUUAGCUGUUUACUUCGGACAUAAAAAGUGGACACAACUCAAAGAGCAAGAAGAGGCAGCAUUCUACGAUCUGGUCGACAAAAUCUUAGAUGUGGUACGUGAAUCUACUGGGAAUGGAGAAGAUUAUAUUUCCAUCCCUCAUGUUCGAGAUAUAAUGUUCCCACCAGCGAAGAGAAGAGGAGCGGAAUUAGCCCGAUGGGAACGUGCUGUCGACUUUAUCAAUGCGAACGAGUCGCGGAUCGCAACAGAGACUCGCGUGCUUCGUGGUGGUCAAGAAUGCGACGUAUGGAGAUGGAUUCCGGCUAAGCGUACCGGUUGGCAGGGAUCGGCAUUCGCUCCACCUCCUGGCAUGAGUAUGUCAUCUUCGAAAGUGUUGUCUCCAAACAUUCCAACUGAGGCACUAACUCGAUGUUUGAAGAUCAGAGACAUGUUUGGCAAGGAGGAGUUUGAGGAAAAGGAAGUCGACGUGGAAGGAAUCACACAAGCAUUAAAGGACAAAGUGUAUCCAGUUGUUCCACUACAUAUUGGUGUCGACGUAAAUUCAUCCGAAGGUGUUGCCUUUAUGAAACUAGCCAACAAAGAUGAUGCUAAGGCUGCCUUUACUGCUCUACAUGGAGUAUGGUACAGCGGUAGACUGGUGAGCGUGAAAUACCUACGAGAUCGACGCUACGCUGAACGCUAUCCGGAGACCGCCCAUUUCUAA